AUGGAGGAUUAUCUCCCACUCUCUGUCUUUGCAUGGGCCAUCGAAUCUCCAACCAGACUUAUCGAGGAAUUUCAAGGGGAUCUUCACGACCAGCCGGUUGACAGCUUGGUGCGAUUGUACAAUGCCGACACGCCCAUAUCGACUCUAGGGGACGAUGGCGCCGUUAUCUACCACCAACACUUCAAUCGCAUCGCGCUCUUCAUGAGUGCCGAUGACUUUGACCUCGCGUUUCCAGUUCAGGAGCAUCCAGAAAUUUGGACCUCACUAGAGACAAUGCUCUCCCACUGGAUCGACUUAAUUCGUCUUGGGAAAGUGGUGGCUUCCCCUAAUAAAGAACUAGCCCUAUUCGAAAUCGAGAAGGUCGGGCCCUGGGAGUGGCGGCCGUACAGCGAGGCCCAGGUUACUUCGUGUGUCGCCGAGUGGGAUCAGCUGUGUCAAUCUAUCGAGGCGCGUAUCCCGCAGGUGCUAAAUGUACCAUCAUUGAUCGACGAGACUUGUGCGACCGACCCAGAACCCCUAGCUACAUCUAUUGUCCUGGACGCCGCUUUACUACCUGACCCUUCUUUUGCGCGUUCCUUUUUGACGCGAGCGAGACGGCCCUGGUUCAAAUACAUCGCUCCGGGCCUUCUUCUACCCCCAGUCGACCCAUCUGCAUUUGUGGCAACGCAACCAUUCGCCGUAUUACCCCGCUCAGAGUACACCGUACCGCCAGUUUGCCUUUUACCCGCCGAUACCGGAGACCAGCGUCCCGUCCACCUCGAGAGAAUAACAAGCCCAUGGCUAUUGGAGCCCUUUUAUUCAAGUUCCACCCAGACAUGCAACCCAUCCCAUGUCCCUGCAGGCCUGUAUAGUCAGGGAGUGGGGAGAAACUAUUAUGAUAUGGCCGAGGAGGGAUUUCGGUUGUUGCUCCCGUUCACCUUCAAUGAUGGUUUUACCAGGAGUGCAUACGCACGACAAAGCGAUAUGAGGGCUGUUGACAGGGACGGCGUUGGAGAGCUUUUUCAACAUGGAUUCAAACCUUUUGGUGGUGCUUACGGACGGCCACAACGACUGGAGCGUUUGCUGGAUUGUUGGCGCAAGCUGGUUGAAGAUGGGGUUUGGUCUGUUGGACCGGAAGGGGUGGAGGGUACUAUUGAUACUUUCAAGGACGCUGAGACCGACCGGUGGAAGGAUUAUCAUAUCCCUCCUACAUGGUAG